CCGCGCCGUGGGUCUCGCGAGACCUCUGCAAUCGGGGACUUAGGAAGAGGUCGGGAGAAGUCAGGCGGCGGCAGCAGCAGUAGCAGCUCCUCCUCCUCCUCCUCCUCCUCGCUGCUGCUUUGCUUUGCCCCCCCCCCCACCGCUCCGCUCAGUGCAAGCUCUGCUCUCCUCAGGGGGACCCCUCGCGCCCACCUGUUAGGCUCCCUGACUUGGGGCUGUGCAGGAGGCCUCGGGGUUGCUUUUGCCCCGCGACCCGGCAGACGGCGGGAGGCAGAAAAGCCCCGCUUGGCCUGGCCUUCCCCUCCGGCCGCGGGGCGGGGUUGGGGUGUCGGCGGCGGCACGAGGCACCCGGGCCGGCCGUGGCCAGUUGUUGAGGCGGCCGCUGGGCGCGAGCGACCUCUUUACCCUCGGUGCAGGAAACCCCCUUUCUCCGAAGAGGGAGGAGCCAACGGUUCUGCUCGAGGGUCUCCACCCCCCCCUCCCGGCCGCGCUGGGUGGGGCGGGCUCGGGGUCGAGAUGACCCAAGAGCGGCCCAAGUUCUACCGGCAGGAGCUGAACAAGACGGUCUGGGAAGUGCCUGAGCGUUACCAGAACCUCUCUCCGGUGGGCUCCGGAGCUUACGGCUCCGUCUGCUCAGCCUUUGAUGCUAAAACUGGCCUGCGAGUGGCUGUGAAGAAAUUGUCCAGACCAUUUCAGUCCAUCAUUCAUGCCAAAAGGACCUACCGUGAACUACGUCUGCUUAAACAUAUGAAACAUGAAAAUGUUAUUGGUCUUCUAGAUGUGUUCACACCUGCAAAGUCACUAGAAGAAUUCAAUGAUGUAUACCUUGUAACCCAUCUUAUGGGAGCAGAUCUGAACAAUAUUGUGAAAUGUCAGAAACUCACAGAUGACCAUGUACAGUUUCUAAUCUAUCAAAUUCUUCGUGGUUUGAAGUAUAUCCAUUCAGCUGACAUAAUACACAGAGAUUUAAAACCUAGUAACCUAGCUGUGAAUGAGGACUGUGAGCUGAAGAUUCUGGAUUUUGGAUUGGCACGACACACAGAUGAUGAGAUGACGGGGUAUGUAGCAACUAGAUGGUACAGAGCUCCUGAGAUCAUGCUGAACUGGAUGCAUUACAAUCAAACAGUUGAUAUUUGGUCUGUUGGAUGCAUUAUGGCAGAACUGUUGACUGGAAGAACGCUAUUCCCUGGUACAGACCAUAUUAACCAGCUUCAGCAGAUAAUGCGUCUGACGGGGACACCCCCUGCAUAUCUCAUUAACAGGAUGCCCAGCCACGAGGCAAGAAACUACAUACAGUCUUUGUCUUACAUGCCGAAGAUGAAUUUUGAAAAUGUAUUUAUUGGUGCCAACCCCUUGGCUGUAGACUUGCUGGAGAAGAUGCUGGUGCUGGACACAGACAAACGAAUCACUGCUGCUGAAGCGUUGGCUCAUGCCUAUUUUACGCAGUAUCAUGACCCAGAUGAUGAGCCAGUGGCAGAUCCCUAUGAUCAAUCCUUUGAAAGCAGAGAACUUGACAUUGAAGAAUGGAAAAGCCUAACCUAUGAUGAAGUAGUUAGCUUUGUGCCACCACCGCUUGAUCAAGAGGAGAUGGAGUCUUGAGAAUCUAUUUCUCUCUUUGUCCUAUAUCACUGUGAGGGGAAGGCCUUUUUCAUAGGGAUUCUCCACAUAUCAUUCAAGUGCCUCUUGCCGUGAAGAUUCUCCUUGGUGGAAGGGUUUUGUGUAUAAUUCGUGUGUGUGUGUGUGUGUGUGUGUGUGUGUGUGUGUGUGUGUGUGUGUGUGUUGAAUGUGGGUGGGUGGGAGAGUAUUUAUACAGUAACUGUAUAAAUAAUGCUGCAUGUUCUCUUGUAUUUUUGUAUACAGCCUGGGACAUGCUUCUGAAGACCUGUUUGUUUGCUCUUUAGCCUUUACAGUUGGUAACCAGCUUUCAUCGCUUGUAUGGCAAGGCAGAUAUUAUGCAGGGAAGCUGAGAUUUCAAAUCCUCAGUAGCAAUUCUUGCCAUUAAAUGGCUUUCCUAUCAAGAAAAGGCUUAAGAUGAUGGAAGCUGAACUUUUACUUGAACUGUGCCCUCUGUUUUCUAAGAUAAAAGAGGGUGAGGGAUGUCUUUCCAUUCCAUGCCAUGCAGCUGCUUUACACCCAGAGCCUCUUCCCAGUAUUCUGUUCAGCAGGAAGGAUGGGCCUAUGAAUGACUGGCUAUCUGUUGGGAAUAUUUUGUCUGAACCAGUGUUAAAAAAAGUGUGUGCCUUAAAUGACUGAGGAGAAAUUGGAAUCUGGGUUAGUGUUCUCUUAACAGUGGGAUUCUGAGCUUGCUGCUUCCUAGGGUGUUGUGGGCCACAGAAUACCCAUGUAUUACUGGCUGCUUUGGCCAGGAUACAAAUCUACCAAAAAUAGGGUGCACCCCUCAUUUUUGGUAUCCUCUCUCUCUUCCCUGCCCAACUCUGAGCUGCCCAGCAGUAGCUCUGUCAUGCUGCCUGUUCGUUUUGUAUAUCUUCUUAAGACAGAGUGUUUUGCAUGUUGUAGCUGUGUGUGCAUGUAGGCUUCUUUGUGAUAUCUGGAGGAGGCACUGGGUUGGUAAUCAGCUAAUAAAUUACUGUAUUCACUACCAUGUUCAGAGCCAUAUAUAAUUGCAGCAUCCAUCUAUUCUUGUUCAACUCAUGGGUUGACAUUUUGGGCACUUUUUGGAUGAAAAGGGGCAAGUGAACAUGCACCUUUCUUGGAUCUUCCUUUUGUGGUUUUAAAAAUGAGUUCAUUUGUCAGUUUGUGUGUGCCUGAACACAAGAUUCAGUUCACUGUAUUCGUAUAUGAUAGAAAUCAAGUAAUGAUGAGAUUGCCCUAUUUAGGGACUAAGUUUGGGGGGGGGGGGCAUCACUUCAAGUAUUUUGUGUUCAUCAGGUAUUCUGGGUAUCUGAGGUCCUAUUUUUAAAGUAUUUUCUGAAAUUUAUAUAAUGCAGGUAUCAUGCAUGGAUUGUACGUCUGUCUCUGAAAGAGUGAAGCUUUGCAGUAUUUUUGUUUUUCCUAAUGGAUCUUCUGGGAUUUUAAUGUAUUUAUCCCUUUUGUACAGAAAAGCCGCCAAAAAAGAAAAAGAAAAAAGAUGGCAUGUGGAUAAUAAAGCCAUCAGUUCCUUCCUUUCUAGUGAUCUCCCUUCAGGUCAUACCCUCUGUAGAGAGGCUUCGGGUCUAGAGAGCAGUGCUGCUUCAAGCUUCUGGUUUGGAGGCCAUCUUAAGACCAAACAAAGCCAGCUCCCUCUGCUGAACCUGCAGUCUGGGUAUUCAGAUGGAAAUGUAGAUAUAUUCUGUAAAACAUAACAGGAAGAUUAUUUUUAUCAGUCAUUUUAUGUGUAGAUGCUACCGUGUGACUUUCAUGCAGAAAUUGUAUAAAAUGAAUUUAAAAACUUAUAGGUAUUUGUGUGAGUGGGAAUAUCUCAGAAGUUGAGAGUCUAUGUGGGAGCCCCUGUGGAGAGCACUCCCUGUCAUUUAGUGUGGUGCUGUUCUACUGCCUCAGCUCUGGACAGAAAGUACAUACAUUAAAAGAUCAUUUCUGCAAAUUUGUUUGUAUCCAGGAACUUUGCUCUAACUGGUUAUGCCAUAUAGGAUAUCACACAAUGCCACUGGUUUAAAAUAAACCUAUUUUUCAAACUUAA